UGUGAAGCGGCGAGAAUGGAGCGUCGACCGCGUUCCGCACAGAAGCGCCGGCAGCACGCUGCUCCGAGUGAUGAUGACAGCGCCAGCGACAACGGCGACAGCGACGUCGAGUGGACACUAGAUUCCGGGCACUCAAGCGUACGAUCGUCGGAAUCCUCCAGCCAGUUCGAGACACAGAGCGCUCAAGGCGAGGAGGGCUCCGCCACAGAGGCAUCUUGCGCCUUGGCUCCCCCACUAGGUCAGACGCAGUUUGACUCGUGGGAGUCAUUUCAUGCCUACCUUAAUGCGUACAUGGCGCAGACGUACCAGAGCUUUCGCAUCCGUACCAACAACAAGGUCCAGGAGCGCAACCGCAAGAUCAAGAAGCAGAAUGACACAGCUCCUCUGAUCCCACAGGAGUGGAUCUGGUACAACAAGACCCUUGUAUGCACCCACGCUGGCAGGUACAAGACGCGCGGCAAAGGCAAGCGACCGCGUCAGGAAGUCCGAUCGACUGAGUGUUGUGCACAGAUUAACGCUUGUGUCCGCGUCGUCAACGGCAGCACACACGACCCUGUGUUCGCGUUGUGCGUUACUACAGCGAAGCUGCAGCAUAACUACCCGCUGACCCUUUCCAACUACGAGCAGUACUCGUCAGUUCGUACAGCGCUUGCGCCUUCCAUGGUGGAGACGGUAGAUGUUUUGCGCAAGGCGGGGAGCAUGAGCUCAAAACUGAAGGAGCUGCACCUACAAUCUAAUGAGGUUCGUUCAAGUUGUCGAGAAUACGUGUUUAGUGGCCUGUGAGGUGUUUGCAGGCGCACCUUCGCCGGGGCUGAUUGACAAGAAGACGCUACAGUAUCUGCGCUACAGAUACCUUAGCUUGUGCAUUUAAAUACAUUGAAUUUUUGAGCAAAG